AUUCAAAUAUAUUGUUAAAAUUAAUUUAUUAUUAAUAUAUUUAUUGAUUAUUAAGAUUUCCUAGAGAUGUUAUAUAUUUGAUUGAUUAAUACAAAUAAUCAAAUAUAUAUCAUAUUAAGUAAUUAAUUCAAUGAUCCUAUUAUGACUUCUCAAUGGUAGAUAAAAAUAGUGACUCUAUUUUAAUAGAAUAGAUUUUUUUCAAAAAGAUCCAUAAUAUAUAUUGACUACUAACUGAUUUUUUUUAUCUAUUUCCUUAUUGCAUACCAUAUACCAUUAUUGUAAAUAUAUAUGUAUAUAUAUGUAUGCAUCUAACUCUAUAAAUAUAAUAUUUAUGUACACUACCAUUAUAAACGUUGCUUUGUUCUUUCAGAAAUUCUCUCCAAACUGUAACGCCAAAAAUGACUAAAGUCUCUAUUUUUGCUUUCUUCAUGAUCAUCUUCGUUUUAGGAAUGGUGAUUCAAGAAACUCAAGGACAAAUGUGUCAUGCUCUUGGAAUGAAAUCAAACUGUAAUGAUGGCGCAUGUGCCAAUCUGUGUAAGCUGAAAUGGAAGGGAAGCGGCUCGUGCUUCUCAAACCAACAUGUUUACAGUUGUAUAUGCAAUUUUCCUUGCAAAAUUUAAAUUUAUCUAUCUUUAUAGAGUUAUUCUUGGGUCCACCCCAUAGAUAGGUUCACCAACCAAUAGGAUUUCAUUAUUUCAAAUUCGAUAUCUUUUAGAAAAGGAAACAAAAUAUUGUCAAGAUAUAUUAUGUUUUUAAAAUAAAAAGGUUAAAAAAAUUAGAAAAAAAUAAUAGUUAGAGAAAAACGAAUUAAAAAAAAAAAUUUACCGUUGGCAGCAAAACACUAUACCCUAAAUCCUAAUCCCUAAACCCUAAAUCAUAAACCCUAUAAACCCUUGGGCAAACUCCAAACCCUUGGAUAAUUCACACUCUAAAUCAAAAACACUGAAUCUUAAAACCCUAAACCCCUGAGUGUUUAGUGUUUUUGAUU